UCGCCGCUCGCUCGUGGACGGAGGCUUUCCUCAGCAGCCCAGGCCGGCUGCUCGGUGCGCGUCGCGGGGCCGCCUCACGCGGAGCUUCGGACCCGGCAACCGCGGAGGCCGCUUGUCGCGUGGCCCCGAGGCGCCCCCGGAGCUCCAGCAGUCGCAGAAAAAUGAUCCUUGGCUAAUUUUGCUUUGGCCUUACUUCAUCCACCCAUAAUGGAAUACAGGACUCAGCUGUUGAAUCCUGAGUGAUAGCAUCCUUUCCUCAAAGAUGGAGAAAAAGCGUAGAAAGAAAUGAGCCUGCUUAUUAGGCUUCAUUGGAAAAGACCAUGAAGGCAAGACUUUUGCUUAUCUUGGACAAAACCUUAAGACUGUCCACUUAAAAAGGUACCCUUUUCUGAAACCAAAAAGCGUGUGCAAGAGAACUGAUCCAUGGGGAAGCAACAUAUGAAUUGAAUCCAUGGAAUUUGGGAGAUGAAACCAUAUUCUUUCAUGACCAUGAGGCUUGCAAACAUCUGGUUCUUUCUGACUGCAGUCUUGCUCUGUGGCAAACAGCACCGGGGAACCAGACUCGGGAAUUCUUCUCACGAAAGCCACCUUUGUCCUGAGUGCUCCCGUCUCACACUGAAAGUGGAAUUCUCUUCAACCGUCGUGGAACACGAAUAUAUUGUAGCUUUCAAUGGCUACUUUUCAGCCCAAGCAAGAAGUAAAUUUAUUUCACGGGCACUGAAGAGCAGUGACAUUGAGAACUGGAGGAUUGUACCCCGUAACAACCCAGCCAGUGACUACCCCAGUGAUUUUGAGGUGAUCCAAAUCAACGAGAAGCAGAAAGAUGGUGUGCAGACACUCGAGGACCAUCCCAAUAUCAAGCGUGUUACCCCCCAAAGAAAAGUCUUUCGCUCACUCAAGUACACAGGGACUGAUCCGGCAUUUCCCUGCAAUGAUACCAGGUGGACACAAAAGUGGCAGUCAUCUCGUCCCCUGAGAAGGGCAAGUUUGUCUCUGGGUUCUGGAUUUUGGCACGCAACGGGCAGGCACUCAAGCAGACGUUUGCUGAGGGCCAUCCCCCGCCAGGUCGCUCAGACACUGCAAGCGGAUGUGCUCUGGCAAAUGGGCUUCACAGGUGCUGGGGUAAGAGUGGCUGUCUUUGACACUGGAUUGAGUGAGAAACAUCCACACUUCAAGAAUGUAAAGGAGAGGACGAACUGGACUAACGAGAGAACCUUGGAUGAUGGCCUGGGUCAUGGUACUUUCGUAGCAGGAGUGAUAGCUAGCAUGAGAGAAUGCCAAGGGUUUGCUCCAGACUCAGAACUGCACAUAUUUAGAGUCUUCACCAACAGCCAGGUCUCAUACACAUCUUGGUUUCUGGAUGCUUUUAAUUAUGCCAUCCUGAAGAAGAUAGAUGUAUUAAACCUAAGUAUUGGAGGCCCAGACUUCAUGGAUCAUCCUUUUGUUGACAAGGUAUGGGAGCUGACAGCCAACAAUGUGAUCAUGGUCUCUGCUAUUGGCAAUGAUGGUCCUUUAUAUGGCACGCUCAACAACCCUGCUGAUCAGAUGGACGUGAUUGGAGUAGGUGGCAUUGACUUUGAAGACAACAUUGCCCGGUUCUCCUCAAGGGGAAUGACCACGUGGGAACUGCCUGGAGGUUAUGGUAGGGUGAAGCCUGACAUAGUUACUUACGGCUCCGGCGUGAGAGGCUCUGGUAUGAAGGGUGGGUGCCGCUCGCUCUCCGGGACCAGCGUGGCCUCCCCUGUCGUGGCUGGUGCUGUCACUCUCUUAGUAAGCACAGUUCAGAAGCGUGAAAUGGUGAAUCCAGCCAGUAUGAAACAGGCUCUGAUUGCAUCCGCACGCCGGCUGCCUGGAGUUAACAUGUUUGAGCAGGGACAUGGCAAGCUGGAUCUCCUUAGAGCUUAUCAGAUUCUCAACAGUUACAAGCCACAGGCCAGCCUGAGUCCCAGCUACAUAGACUUGACGGAAUGCCCUUACAUGUGGCCAUAUUGUUCCCAGCCUAUCUACUAUGGUGGCAUGCCAACAAUUGUGAAUGUUACUAUUCUUAAUGGAAUGGGAGUCACUGGAAGAAUCAUCGACAAGCCUGACUGGCAACCAUACUUACCACAGAAUGGAGAUUACAUUGAAGUGGCUUUCUCCUAUUCUCCCGUUCUCUGGCCUUGGUCUGGUUACUUAGCCAUUUCUAUUUCUGUGGCGAAGAAAGCGGCCUCUUGGGAAGGCAUCGCACAAGGACAUGUCAUGCUCACCAUCUCUUCCCCUGCAGAGAACGAGUCAAAAGCUGGCGCGGAACAAACAUCCACCGUGAAACUCCCAAUAAAAGUGAAAGUUAUCCCGACACCCCCUCGUAGCAAGCGAGUUCUUUGGGAUCAGUAUCACAAUCUCCGCUAUCCGCCAGGGUACUUUCCAAGGGAUAAUUUGAGGAUGAAGAAUGAUCCCUUAGAUUGGAAUGGUGACCACAUCCACACAAACUUCCGGGAUAUGUACCAGCAUCUGAGAAGUAUGGGAUAUUUCGUUGAAGUUCUUGGAUCGCCAUUUACAUGUUUUGAUGCCAGUCAGUACGGGACCUUAUUGAUGGUAGACAGCGAGGAAGAGUAUUUUCCUGAAGAAAUCACUAAGCUGAGGAGGGACGUCGACAAUGGGCUGUCACUGGUAGUAUUCAGUGACUGGUACAACACCUCAGUUAUGAGGAAAGUCAAGUUUUAUGAUGAAAACACCAGGCAGUGGUGGAUGCCGGAUACUGGAGGAGCCAAUAUUCCUGCUCUGAAUGAUCUUCUCUCUGUCUGGGGCAUGGCCUUUAGUGAUGGGCUGUAUGAAGGGGAUUUUACAAUGGCCAGCCAUGAAAUGAACUAUGCCUCAGGGUGCAGUAUUGCAAAGUUUCCAGAAGAUGGCAUUGUGCUUGCACAGACUUUUAAGGAUCAAGGUCUCGAAGUUUUAAAGCAGGAAACAGCGAUAGUUGAAAACGUUCCCAUUUUGGGCCUCUUCCAAGUUCCUUCGGAAGGUGGAGGCCGGAUUGUUUUGUACGGGGACUCCAAUUGUUUGGAUGAUAGUCACAGGCAAAAAGAUUGCUUCUGGCUCCUCGAUUCUCUCCUGCAAUAUACAUCUUAUGGGGUGAUGCCGCCCAGCCUCAGUCAUUCGGAGAACAGGCAGCGACCACCAACGGGCAUGGGCUAUACUCUCCCGGAGCGCAUGGAAGGGAAUCAUCUUCAUCGAUACUCUAAAGUGCUCGAAGCUCACCUGCGUGACCCCAAGCCCCGCUCUCUUCCGGCGUGUCCUCACCUCUCCUGGGCAAAGCCACAGCCUCUGAAUGAAACUGCACCCAGCAACCUUUGGAAACAUCAGAAGCUGCUAUCAAUCGAUCUGGAUAAAGUAGCUUUGCCAAGUUUCCGCCAGAGCCGACCUCAAGUAAGGCCUUUGUCACCUGGAGAAAGCGGAGCAUGGGAUAUUCCAGGAGGAAUCAUGCCGGGACGCUACAAUCAGGAUGUGGGAGGGUCCAUACCGGUCUUUGCUUUCCUUGGCGCCAUGGUGGUGCUGGCGUUCUUUGUGGUACAGAUAAAAUCAAAGAGCAGGCCAAAGAGACGGAAGCCCAGAGUCAAACGGCCACAGGUCGUACAACAGGGCCACCCACCAAAGACGCCGUCCGUUUGACUGCCGUUGCCAAAGAUGACCUCCUCGUACCGGCUGCUUCAUGGAAUUUCGAUCACUGCUAAUGAAGACGGAUCAAAAGUGCUUGGCAUUUGGUGCCUGCCACAGAGUACUUCCUCGUGUUGUCUUUGGUUAUCGACAAGCAGGAAUCCACUGGAUCGUCAUCAAAAGAUAAUUAACUAUUUUUGUCAGUAGCUGAACUCACCAAAAGCUUUGCACACUAUCAGAAAAAGAACGGAUUUAUUGCUCUGUGAAAAGGAAAGGGCCUCUUCUUCUUUUCUUUUAAAUUGACCAAACCUUUUCAUUAGAAGCUAUUUUCUAUAUUUAUUUUAAGAGGGACUGGGAGAAGAUCUCUCCAAGACCCUUACCUCUUGAAUGGCAGAACCAUUUUUCUGAAUGGAAUCCAAUUUUCUAAUGGUAUCUAUUACAAAGAGAGACACAACUCCCGCCUUCCUUCUCUAGGGAUCUGGGAGAAACUGGCACUUUGAGGGAACCAGGAACAAAUCAUGUUGGUGUAAUCCUUCCAUUUAUUUUUAUAAAGCAACUUACCAUGAUGUUUUGUAAUUUUUCAGCAUGAUUUCACCAUUGCUGGUGGAGAAAAGUUUUCAAUAAAUAUGUUAUCUAUAUUGAAGCUGAAACAAA